AUGAGUCUCGAGUGGGAUUCACCACUGCUGAAGGCAUAUGAGCCACCUGUGCCUCCAUCAGCUUUUUCGACACUGGCAGUAUCGCUGCUCACCGCUGGCUUUGCGGUUGGGUCACUGUUUUUCAUACUUUUAUAUGACGGGAUGAACGGCGCGCUGGGCUGCACGGCGGACUUGGCCUGGGCUGUAGACGGAGAUGGGUCGCUAUAUGACCGGGUUCUCACAAAACAGAACAUCGACAGGAACCAAGUCAACGCCACGAAAUACACGAGGAGUAUAAGGCAAGACAUCUUGUUGGCAGUGCCAGCAUCGUUACUAUUUGGUUUCAGUCUUACCUAUCGAAAAAGAGCAAAAGCUAACUGGGGCGCUGUCUUCACAGGUUUCGGCGUUGUGUUCCUUUUCCUGGCCAUUGGGGUAUACUUGUGA